AUGGCCUUCUUCCAGCUUGGGUUGCGCCGGGCAGCUGUCCAGCUGUCCAGGCCAUCCGUCUUUUGCGCCAGAGCUGCUUUCAAGGUCUCUCACCAACAGUCUCCUGCUUCCACCAUCUUGAAGCUCGUGAGCCAGGCUCGUCACACCCAGUCCCGGAACUAUGCUACCCAGAAAGUCCAAGAAUCUCCCCUCAGCAAGCUCGCCACCGAUAUUGCUAAGCCCGCCUCGUCUGACAAGUCUGAGAAGAAGUCCAGCUUCCCAGAAACCAGCUCGAAAUCUGUCGCCUACUGGCUCCUCGCCAGUGCUGCUUCUGUCUUUGGUAUCGUCAUCUUUGGUGGUCUGACCCGCUUGACCGAGUCUGGCCUGAGUAUCACCGAAUGGAGACCCGUCACUGGUUCCCUCUGGCCUGGCUCCCAGGAGGAGUGGGAGUCCGAGUUUGAAAAGUACCGCGCCUCUCCCGAGUUCAAGAUGCUCAACUCGACCAUGAACCUCCACGAGUUCAAGCAAAUCUACUUCAUGGAGUGGACCCAUCGUCUCUGGGGCCGCUUCAUCGGCAUGUCCUUCGUCCUCCCGACCAUCUACUUCAUUGCUCGUCGCCGCGUCACCCCUCGUAUGGCCUGCACUCUUGUUGGCAUCUCGGCUCUCAUCGGCUUCCAGGGCUUCAUUGGUUGGUGGAUGGUCAAGUCCGGUCUCAAGGAUGACCUCUUUGCUCCCGGCUCCCAUCCCCGUGUCAGCCAGUACCGUCUCGCUGCCCAUCUUGCUACCGCCUUCGUCUGCUACUCCUGGAUGCUUCUUGCCGGUCUCAGCAUUCUCCGCACUCACAAGGCCAUCAAGUUCCCCGAGCAGGCUGUCAAGAACUUUACUGCUCUCCAGUCGCCUGCCCUUAGAGUCCUCCGCGGUUCCGUCGCUGCCCUCACUGUUCUGAUCUUCACCACUGUUCUCUCCGGCGCUCUCGUUGCUGGUCUCGACGCUGGUCUCAUUUACAAUGAGUUCCCUAUGAUGGGCAACGGCCUCGCUCCCCCCAAGUCCGAGCUCUUGGACAAGUUCUACUCCCGCCACGAGGAUGGUUCCGACUUGGUCUGGCGCAACAUGCUCGAGAACCCCUCGCUCGUCCAGCUUGACCACCGUAUCCUGGCCAUCACCACCUUCACUGCUGUCUGCGCCCUGGUUGCCUACAGUCGCUCUGGCAAGGUCAAGGCUGCACUUCCCCCCGCUGCUCGCAAGGGAAUCACCGGUCUUCUCCAUCUCGUCUCUUUGCAGGUUGCUCUCGGUAUCAGCACCCUCAUCUACAUGGUCCCCAUUCCCCUAGCUGCUGCCCACCAGGCUGGUGCUCUUGCCUUGUUGACCGGUGUUCUCGUUGCUGGCCAGCGCCUUCGUAUCCCCAAGGCUACCUUGGCUAUGGCCCAGAGAAGACUGGCUCAGCUGGCUCAGCAGGCCAAGACCUAA